AUGACGUGGCAGUCAGUGCUUCAGACAAGGGUCUGCCAGACGCAGGUUCCUACUGUGAAAGCUGUGAUUUUGGACCACUCACGAGACUGUGAAUGUGGAACCGGGCCUGGGUAUGCAACACCUCUGGAUGCCAUGAAAGGUCCCAAAGAGAAACUCAUCUACAUUCCCUGCAUCUUAACCGGCUCUGGCGUCCGAGCACCUGAUUACCUGGGUACGGUGGACGUGGAUCCAAAAUCUCCAACUUAUUGCAAGGUGAUCCACCGCCUGCCCAUGCCUUACAUCGAAGAUGAACUCCACCACUCCGGGUGGAAUGCCUGCAGCAGCUGUUUCGGGGAUACCACCAAGAAGCGGAACAGACUGAUCCUUCCUUCCCUGGACUCCUCUCGCAUUUACGUGGUGGACACAGGGACUGACCAGAGAGCUCCCAGGCUCCACAAGGUGAUUGAAGGGAAAGAAGUUUUCCAGAAAUGCGACUUGGCUUUUCUGCACACCUCUCACUGCCUGGGCAGCGGGGAAAUCAUGAUCAGUGCUAUUGGGGACCCGCGUGGCAACGGAAAAGGUGGUUUUGUCCUGCUGGAUGCGGAGACAUUUGAAGUGAAGGGGAACUGGGAGAGACCCACUCAAGCAGCCCCUCAAGGUGGUGAUUUCUGGUACCAGCCAAGACACAACAUCAUGAUGAGCAGUGAAUGGGGGGUUCCGAAAUUCGUCGUCACCGGGCUCAGUCCAGCUUAUAGGGGGAAAGUGACCAGAAGCCUCUUACCUCCAGUGGAUUCACAGUCGCUCAUGGGCUGUCUGAUUUUAGUUUCCGUCUCUGUCCACCUUCAGGACACUAUGGUCGUCGCCUGA